UUUGUAUCUUAAUAAUGUCCAUCACACGGCGCAUCGCAAAAGAGUGUCUCCAGCUUAAACAGAACCCACCAGAUAACAUUAGGAUAUCAUUCAAUGAUACUGACGUAUUCGAUAUCGUUGGAUACGUACAAGGUCCUGUUGGGACGCCUUACGAGGCCGGAUUCUUCAAAAUCAAGUUUAAUUUCACGCCAGACUUCCCAACUACACCACCAAACUGUUCGAUGCUAACAAAGAUAUUCCACCCGAAUAUCAGUAAGACCGGCGAGAUAUGCGUAUCCACUUUGAAGAAAGACUGGAGACCUGAGUACGGUAUUGAGCAUAUAUUAGUCACUAUCAAAUGCCUCCUUAUCUACCCAGGUCCUGAUUCCGCGCUCGAUGAAGAAGCUGGAAAAUUGCUUCAAGAGAAUUAUCAAGACUAUUACAAUCACGCUAAAAUGAUCACAUCUAUACACGCUAAGCAUCGCCCAAUCGAGUUUGAUUCUUCGCCUUCUCAGACUGAGAAUCAACCGCUCUCAAACGCUCCAAUCGAGCCUGCGACAAAAACAGAGACCCAAACCCAAAAGCAGCCCCUCAAAUCGAAGGAGGCUAAUGCCAAAAAGAAAGGAUUAAAACGACUCUAA